CUCGGAGGAGUGUUGGGAGAAUCAAAUGAGCUAAUACAUAGCAAGCUUUAAAACAGUACCUGACAUACAACAAACGUUAGCUAUCAUUAUUACCCAGUGGAUGGGAACUUGGGCUACGUAUAAAUUGAGCACCUACGAUACCCCUGGCCCUGGAAGGGGAGAAAAGGAGGCGACCCAGUGCUUUCUCCCCAAUUGGUCAAAGCUCGGUCAGAAAACAAAACCCUGGCUCUGACUAUGUGUGAUAAUCUGGAAGAGAUCGGUGUCAAACUCUAGAAAUAUCACACUGCUGUUUCACACCACAUGGUAUUUGCUUAUGCAGUCCCCUGAGCAACUCCUACCUACUUCCUGCUCCCCAGCCCAAAGUGUAACUCCUCCAGGAAGCCCUCCUUCACCCAGCCCUUACCACAUCAUUUUGAAAUUUUCUAUUUGUCCCACCUCUCUGAGACUAUGAAUUCCUCCAGUGCAAAGCCAGUCGAAUUCACCCUUUGGUGCCCAGUACCCAGCACAGUGCCUGCCCCCAAGGAGACACUGAGUGAAAACUUGGUAAUAUUGUGUAUCGAGCUGAAGGACUCCAGGCAGCAAAAAGGAACAGGCAAUGGGACAAAAGCAGGACUCCAGCCGGCACUUGGUAAAGGGCCACGAACUAGGAUUGCCCAGUGUGGCUAGGCCAGUGAGUAUAUGAGGGGACCGACCCAGGGGACAGAGGACCAGGAAGUGCCUGGCAAGUACAAGGAACCAAGCCAGGCUUGGGCGCUGACUUCACCUCCCCUCACAGUGUGCAUAUCCUCGGGCUCAAAGGUCUCCCUCUUCAACCGCCUGCGCUCCCAGACGGUGUCCACGCGCUACCUGUCCGUGGAGGACGGCACGUUCGUGGCCAGCGCGCGCCAGUGGGCUGCCUUCACGCUCCACCUGGCUGAUGAACACUGUUCCCAAGGGGACUUCCCGCCGCGAGAGGGCUACGUCCGCUAUGGCUCCCUAGUGCAACUCGUCUGCACUGUCACGGGCAUCACCCUGCCUCCAAUGAUCAUCCGCAAAGUGGCCAAACAGUGCGCGCUUCUUGACGUGGACGAACCCAUCUCCCAGCUGCACAAAUGUGCGUUCCAGUUCCCCGGUGAUCCUCCCGGAGGGGGUGGCACUUAUUUAUGCCUCGCCACAGACAAGGUGGUGCAAUUCCAGGCCUCCCCGUGCCCCAAAGAGGCGAACAGGGCCCUGCUCAACGAUAGCUCUUGCUGGACCAUCAUCGGCACCGAGUCGGUGGAAUUCUCCUUCAGCCCCAACCUGGCCUGGACCCGGGAACCCGUCACUCCGGUGCCCCUCAUCAGCACCCUAGAGCUGAGUGGUGGGGGCGACGUGGCCACUCUCGAGCUCCACGGCGAGAACUUCCACGCGGGGCUCAAGGUGUGGUUCCAGGACGUGGAGGCCGAAACCAUGUACAGGAGCCCGCGGUCCCUGGUGUGCGUGGUGCCCGACAUAGCCGCCUUCGGCAGCGACUGGCGCUGGCUGCGCACACCCAUCACGGUGCCCGUGAGCCUGGUGCGCGCCGACGGCCUCUUCUACCCCAGCGCCUUCUCCUUCACCUACACCCCCGAGUACAGCGCGCGGCCCGGCCCCCCGGGCGCCCCCGAGCCCGCCGCCGACGGCGACGCGCUGCUGGAGAGCAUCCACCACGAGUUCACGCGCAGCAACUUCCACCUCUUCAUCCAGACUUAGGUCCGCGCCCUCGCCUGGCCCUGCGGCGCUGGGUCCCAGGCCCCGCCCCCUGCUGGGAAGUGAGGGCCAGAGCCUGGGCGGCAGAGGGCUGUUGCCAUAGAAACUGUCACUCACUCGUCUGUGUGCGUCCGGGAAGACCCGACCUGCGUGAUGCUCGCCAGUCCCCAGCGCGCCUCUCCCGGUGUUUGUCUGUCUCACUCUUUCAAUCAAGCAAUCAGUCUCUCUCUCUCUCCCCCAGUACCUUUGCUCGUCUCCCUGUUUGUGUGUCCCCUCUGGUCCAACUUUGUCUCUCUCUGUUUCUCCCUGUGUCUCACUAGGAUUUCACACACUCUUAGGAGCCAGGUCUGGGACACUAACCCUCUGUGCAGUUGUGUCUCCUCUUGAAGUCGACACACGUCGUUUCACGCACCCAGGCCUGGAGCAUGGACUCUUGUGACAGGGCCCGGAGCAAGUCCUGCAUGGACUAGUAGCUCUGAGCUGGAAUACCGGCUUCCAUCUAGAUCCCCAGGUGGGGUCUGAAGUGCUGGCCCUCACCUGAGCGCCGAGUACUGCCUGGAGCACUGGGUCUCAGCGGGAGCACGGGGCUCACCUCGGACACCGAAUCCCACCCAGCGCAGGGGGUCCUGCUGGAGCACCAGGCCCCACUGGAACACUGGGUCCCUCCUGGAGCGUGAGGAUCCUGUCCUGGAGUACUGGGUUACACCGUGGAACACAAGACCUGCCCCUCCGUGUGCUCCCAGGGGCUGCAGCCAGGCAUAGGACCCUGGCCUGUGUUUGCUCUGUGGCCCACUGCGUUGGUGCCCGCGCCAGGGGUCAGGUCUGGCCAUCUUCGCAGUCCACCCAGGCACUUCUCUUGCAGGCCCCAGCAGGAUACCGUCCUGCAGGUCAGGGAUUCCUCUGCUGUUCCGAGGCAGAGUCCGAGCUGAAUGACCCACCUCCCCAAGGAGGGAGGAGCUCAGUGUACUUCCCCCCCACCAACCCGCAAACAAACAGAAGGGACCACGAGUCUGAUGGAGCAGAGAGCCUGCCAUUUUGACCCUUUCUAGAGAAGGAAAGGGUUCAGAAGCAGCUAACAUUCUUGAACUCCUGUCCCUGCCCUGGGGCCCACCUAUCGGCUCUGGGGAUGAGUUCCCUGCUAGCUAUCCCCCCAGUCUAAGCAAAGAUGCACCCCGGGCCCAGGAGCAAAUGUAAGACAAGAUACAGAACAAUUCCAGGCAGAACUUCUGGGAUCAGCUGGGCAAUAACUCAGCUGAGAGAGGAGCUUCUCUGCAUGGGGCCAAGGAACCAAAUCACAGUCCACCCUGAUCAACCUGCCCACCUCUGUCAAGGCUGUGCUUUACAGGGAAGCAGAAAAACCAGGCAGGGUCCUGGCUCAGGCCGUUGGAGCCACGGAUCUACAUACGUUGUGGGUGCCAGUCCCCAUGGAGAUGACUGCUCUAAAAUGUGGGCCCACUCCUCUGGACCCUUCCAGAUUCCGAGAAGGGCUCCUUCUCCAGGAAGUUUCUCUCCGGGCGGGGGGAGGCGGGUGAGGAAGAAGCCGACAUUACCCAAGGGUAGGAAGUGAUCUUUGCUCAUUAAACUUCCCAAAAUCAUAGUGAAGUUCUGUCAUCUGCCAUCAGCAGGCUGAAACUCACUAUGACCAGGAAAGAGAAGCUUGUUUAAGGGCCCUUCAAGGUCCCUGAGAGUGAAUGCUGGCUGAGGAAUGCAGGGGACAAGUUGAAUGGGAAAUGUCCCCUCCAUGAGUGCCUACCUUGUGUUUGCUCUCACUGUCCCAUGAUGUCGUUGAAGCAGGAAGCCAGUUGUAGGAGAAAGAGUUUUACAGCACACCACACGGGGUGUUGGGGCACAAGAGCCCUCAAGGACUUCCUCUACCACUUCACAAGGCAGGAGUCCUGGAAGCCAAGAUCCUAGGUUGGCCUGAAAGCCCAGGCCCUGCCACCCAGCUCUGUCAUCUUUUGCAAUCCCCCAGGGCACCAUACAACCUUUGGUCCCACGUAUGCACCCACUUGGAAGUCUGUGACCUCAAAGCCCUGGCCUGUCUUCUAAGUUCAAAUUGCUGCACUGUGCUCAGAGGUCCUCCUAGCCUUGAGCCUGAAUCCAUCUGACAUCCAAUCCCCUCCCUCUCCAUCCCCUUGCAGCAACCCACUGUCUAUGUUCUUCCCUCUCACCACCCAGCCACCGAAGCCUGAGGACUCCACUUCACCUUCCUUCUGCACUAGAAUAGGCUUGCUUCUUUCCUCUCCCUCCACCUACUUCCCUGAUCUCCAAAUCCAGCUCAAAUGUCACCUCUUCCAAGAUUUCCUUGAGGCAGGACCAGCUGCACACUUUAUGGGGCCCAGUGCAAAUAAAAUGUAUGGGAAAGAAGAAGAAAAUGUAUGGCCCCCUUGUUCAAAAUCUAUUUAGGAUUUCAAGACAAUGACAACAGAGCAUAAAAUCAAGGAAGGCGCUUCUAAGUCGGGAGCCUUGAGUGCACAAUUCGCAGGCCCUGGGCCCCCCUGUAUUCCCGUAGAACUUCAAGGGGCCCAUGUCACCACCCACCCUGGAUCAAAGGCCUUUAUGUACAUGUAAGUUGUCCCCUCUAGACUGUGAGCUCAUGGGGAAAGAGGCUUAUGGGUGUGUGUCCUAAAGGGCGCAUUACCAGACCUUGAACUUUGAGUGGGGCUCAAUAAAUACCAAAUUGUCUAGCGUU